GUGUGGAAAGGACUAGCAGUUGCCUUGAACACUUCAGUCGUCAGCAUGGUCUGGGAACCUGCAACAUGCUGUGGAAUCAACAGGAGGACAGCCGGGUACAUCAUAGCCUCCAUUUCAGCCACUUACAGUGUUGUCAUCUUGGCUCUCUUCAUUUACGCUUGGUUUCUUGUUUUGACCCGCGGGUACAUCAAUAAACACAUGACGGUUCUAAUAGUAGAAGCAGUAGCUUUAAUGGUGUUGGAGGCUAUACACCUUAUCUUCUGCUUUCUCCUUAUCCAUGGUAUUAGAAAGAAUAUUCCACGUCUGAUGGUUCCCUUCAUAGUAACGAUGUUGAUUGGUAUCAUCUUGUGGACACUUUCCGCUGCAUCUGCGGUUCUAGAACUCAUGGUAAUGGACGGCGGCAAGGCUGUGUUAGCUGCUCUCGUCAAUGCAGGAAUUAUUUUCAUCAUGACUUACUUUAACCUCGUGGUUCGAGCCUACUACAUGGAGGUUAAAGCACGCGUGGAGAAUGACUUCAGAACACCAGAGGCUUAAACGAGAACAGGGGCUUCAGAACACGCAAUCCAGGACGACUUGGACGACCAUCACUUGCAAAAAACAUGAUUUUUUUUAUGGUUAAUCUCACGUGUAAUUUAUAAUUCUCAUAUUUUAAACUCUCAUGUUUUUUUUUUUUUUUUUUUUUUUUUUUUUUUUUUUUUGAUGUUGUGCAUGUAAGUCUUAAGUAAGCGAACUUUUCUUAUUCACAUUUCUCCCGCUUUUCAAAUGGUUUAGAAAAUAUUCUAUAACCAUUACAUACCUUUUAGUACUUUAUAAGAUAUGUAUUACAGUAAGUGACCGGCAGUAACAGUCACUGAUUGCGGAAAAGGGGCCCAAAAUAAUAUUUUAUCUCGGUGUUAUCUUCAGUGUCAUAUGAACUUGAAAUAAAAAAUAAACAUUUAGAAAACCCAU